GCGAGCACCUUGGAACUUGAGCAUCGCGAUCCUCCGGGGGUGUGAGCGCAGCGCAGUCCGUCCACCGGGAGACGGCGGCCCCGCGUUAGGAACGGGGAGGAGAGGUUCGAGGCCUUGGCGCUGGGUGGCCAUUGCAAUUGGACUUGACGUGCUGCUAUCGGACCGUGGCUGUGGGUGCCUUGUUUGGUGACCAUUUUGACCAGAACCGCACCCUCGCUGCCUUGCUGCAAGGCACUUGAGGGCUUCCCCGUCGGCUCAAGAUUUGGCAAGCGGGCAAGAGCCGGUCGGCAUUUGACAUCUGGGAUUUGCGCCAACGCUACGCCGGCCAGAUCAUCCUCUGGUCUUGAGCUGCGGUGCUUGGGAAGGAGAGCCGAAACUGGGGGUUUUCCCGCAGAGCCAUUGCACAUCAACCUAUCGCUCUUCUGGCACUUUGCCUUUCCUUGUUACUUCUCCCCACUCGACCUACUUUAUUUGUUACUGUCUGUGAGGACGACGCUGCGAGCGCCGCCAGCAGGACACGGGGCGUCAUGGCUGCGCGGGCAAAGCGAGCCUCCAAGGCCUGGCACAAGUGCGAGGUGACGGAUAGUCCUGUUGCUGCUGCGGCUAUUGAAAUGUGCCUCGAGGCCUUUGAAGAUGCCCGCGAAGAGGAGAAGGAGUUUGGUCCGUCAAUCAUCUCGCGCUUCACCGUUUUCUACACCAAUGGCGUGGUGGCUCGUCACGACCCUGAGCAGGGUGAGCCACCCAAGCUAAACCCCGUACAUUUGCCCUACAACAAGGAUGAGCUCAACGAGGCCUUUGAAUUCUCCGGCGAGCUCGAGGAUUGCAUCAAGCCGCUAUGCUACCCCACUGAACUAGAGGAUGCAGUCCUGACUUCCUUCGUCCUGACACCCCUGGUCCGUGAGGGGGAGAGCCGUCUCACGCGCAUCGACUAUGACGCGAUUAGCCGUGCUUUCAAUGGCACCCUGCACCCAGCCGCCAGCAUCUUCAUCGUUGAAGGUACGCUCUUCUUGCCCUCAAAUCUCAUUCUCGGCACAUGCAUUCACCUUGACCUCAUCGUGGGCGUCGGUGACCGCUUGCUGCCGUGUGUGCCAGGCAUCCAAUCUAUGUUCCAGCGUCUGGAAGAGUCGAUCGAACUGCGCCAACAAUGCGGCAUGGCCAAUGGCGAGGUGUAUCUCGAAGAGGAUCAUCGACGAGAGAAGGCCUCGUUGCAGGCAGCCAAGGAACUGAUGAGCAACCACAACUUUGUUUCCGUCGCGGAGAUUGGCGUCGGCAUCAACGGCGAGGCACACCCUGAUAUCGCCCAGGCCACAACCUUUCUACGUGGCUACGUGGGUUUAACGGAGAGUGGCAUCCUGACGGGCGUGGCCACCGACGUCAUCCUCACAUAG